UCAAUACCACAGUGCAUGUUUCAACUGAACACCUAACCUCUGACCCAGUGACUACUGUACCUGUUCAAGAUAGGACCUCAACGCCUGUACCAAGUACAUUCAAUACCACAGUGCAUGUUUCUACUCGACACCUAACCUCUGACCCAGUGACUACUGUACCUGUUCAAGAUAGGACCUCAACGCCUGUACCAAGUACAUUCAAUACCACAGUGCAUGUUUCUACUGGACACCUAACCUCUGACCCAGUCACUACUGUACCUGUUCAAGACAGGACCUCAACAUCUUUACCGAGUACAUUCAAUACCACAGUGCAUGUUUCAACUGAACACCUAACCUCUGACCCAGUGACUACUGUACCUGUUCAAGAUAGGACCUCAACGCCUGUACCAAGUACAUUCAAUACCACAGUGCAUGUUUCUACUCGACACCUAACCUCUGACCCAGUGACUACUGUACCUGUUCAAGAUAGGACCUCAACGCCUGUACCAAGUACAUUCAAUACCACAGUGCAUGUUUCUACUGGACACCUAACCUCUGAUCCAGUGACUACUGUACCUGUUCAAGACAGGACCUCAACAUCUUUACCGAGUACAUUCAAUACCACAGUGCAUGUUUCAACUGAACACCUAACCUCUGACCCAGUGACUACUGUACCUGUUCAAGAUAGGACCUCAACGCCUGUACCAAGUACAUUCAAUACCACAGUGCAUGUUUCUACUGGACACCUAACCUCUGACCCAGUCACUACUGUACCUGUUCAAGACAGGACCUCAACAUCUUUACCGAGUACAUUCAAUACCACAGUGCAUGUUUCAACUGAAGAGGCGACUACUAAACAACUUACUACUGAGAAUGUAAAACAUCAAUCAACAACUGAGACUGCAGACACAGAAAUGCAACACAGCAUUACACAAGUGACUACUGAACAUACUUCUGCCCUACAUAUAACCACAGUGGCUGAGACUGCUCCAUACAGUACUACAGAGCCUGUCAGUCUCUCCACUGUUAUGCCAAAUGAAAACAGUCAAGGUUUAAGUCCAGACAACCUGAUAUUGAUCCAUGAGAACAUGACGUGGAACGAGGCCCUGAGCUACUGCAGAGAGCACCACGUUGACCUGGUCUCGAUCACUACAGAGCUGCUUCAGUACUGGGUGGCAGAGAGGGCUGCCAACGCCACCUCAUCCCACGUCUGGGUGGGCCUGCGCUUCACCUGUUCAUUCCACUUCUGGUUCUGGAUCAGGUCUGAUGCAGGCUGCUACCAGAACUGGGCCCCCGGGCACGGCUCAGACAGCCAGCAGGACUGUGGGAUUGCAGGGGCUGUAGAGACCACCGGGAGGCAGCAAUGGGUUAGUCUGGAGGAGAACCAGAGGCUCAACUUCAUCUGCUACAAAUGUUCUGGGGACAGUGGUGAGGGGUUGAUACAUCCCUGAUUCGGACAACUUUUGUAUUAUGUAUGUUUCUUGGGCAACGUGAAAAAUGUACACUACCGUUCAAAGGUUUGGGGACACUUAGAAAUGUCCUUGUUUUUGAAAGAAAGCACAUUUUUGUCCAUAAAAUAACAUCAAGUUGAUCAGACACAUAGUGUAGAUAUUGUUAAUGUUGUAAAUGACUAUUGUAGCUGGAAAUGGCAGAUUUUUUAUGGAAUAUCUACAUAGGCGUACAGAUGUCCGUUAUCAGCAACCAUCACUCCUGUGUUCCA